AUGGCACAAUCUUCUUACGCGUCUCCCAUUGACAUUUCGAGUUUUGCGGAGUUUGAGACUUUUGGGAAGACUAGCACUUCCAAUCCGGACAAGAUUGUUGAAUGUGUUUUUGCCCUCGACAUUGGUGGUUCAUUGGCCAAACUUGCCUACCAACACACCUUCCGCUACAAAGUGUGCGUUCCCAAAGAACUUUCCGAUCCUCAUUCCAAGAGUCGUACUUCUGUUUGCGGCCCUUUUGAAUUUUAUGAUUAUCGUGAACACGAGUAUGAGGGACACAAGCUCUGCUUUACCAAGUUUGAGACACGUCAUAUCGACUCCUGUCUCGAGUUUAUUCAUUCCAAAGUUCUUCCAAAUUACUCUGAUAUCGACAGGGAAACUGUCCGACUAGUUGGGCGUGUUACUGGUGGGGGAGCAUUCAAAUACAUGCAGAGUAUAAUCGAUAAAUUUGGAUUUUUUCUGGAAAUUGAACGUGUGGAUGAGAUGGCUUCUCUGGUUUCCGGUUGUACAUUCCUUCUACGAAAUAUUCCCGAUGAAGCUUAUAUUUAUGAUAAGCGGGCAAUGCCCUCUCAGAUAUUCCUUUCUUCAUUUAUGGUCAAUACUUAUCCCUUCCUCCUGGUUAAUAUUGGAUCGGGGGUGAGCUUUCUUAAGGUUGAAGCGGACUCUUCUUAUAAACGUGUUGGAGGAACCUCCCUUGGUGGUGGUACAUUUUGGGGCAUCGCAAGUCUACUAUCAGGAAGUAAGUAG